ACAAAAAAACAGCAGCAACAACAACAAUUACAAAAACAACACGUGAGGACGUGCGUGGUCUCGAUGGAGGCUUGAGAAGUUAGAGAGACUUGUUCGUGGUGCGAUGCGGUGCGAUGCGGGUGCGAACAAUACACAAGAUAAUAGACACGAGAUUAUUAUUGUUGUUGUUGUUUUCAUCAGUAUUGGCUCUUUUGCUUUGGAUCGCACCUCUUUCUCUUCCCUUUUCCCUUGGACAUGCUCUGCCAUUGCCUUCCUUCCUCUCUGUGCUUGUCUUCGUUGCGAUUGAGGCUGAAGUCCUUUUGGUUAUACGAUAUCGAGCUGCGACGGGCGUGCGCAAUCACGGAAGACAAGACAGUAUCCUUACAUACAUUCGAAAAUAUGGCUAUCGCUGCCGCCGUUCUGGCAAUAAAAGUGCCCAUGGAGACUAUUUUAGCUUUCUCCUGUCGUCAGCGGAGACCAUUCAUACGAGGGACUUUUGAAAGGAGUCAUUAUGAAAAAUUUAGAAAGGCGCAUUGCCGCAAGAAGUUCGUGUGCUGCGCGGAGAGUCCACAUUUUGACGAGAAAAUGCGUUCCGCUUCAAUAAGGAGUCGUUAUGAGAGCGAGGUGAUGAUUCUCGCCAGACAGGUGUUUUGCAAGGAAAUAAGCUCACACAAGUCUGAUGACGCCGUUUCUCUGGUCAAGAGUGCUCUGCUGAUUUUAGCCGAGGACCAAGCCUUCAUAUCUUUGAACAGAGAGAAGGACGAUCUUGCUGUUCAAAACGAGAUUUCCCUCCCUCUUGUCUCAUCGCCAGCAAGGGAAAGAUGGAACGUCAAUCCUAUGGAAGUCAUGAUAGGAGAUUUGAGUAUUUCUGGGUGGAUGGAUAAAAUCGACGGCCUCGUUUCUGAAGUAGACAAGCAUUUGAAUGAUGACGGACUUAGAAGGCAGCCGUUGCAAAUAUUAAAGGCGGUUAAUGUUGUGCUUUGUGAGGCCUGGGAUUUUAUCCAGGCACCUUCAUCCAAUGAUCCCCUUCAAUCGUACAUAGAUCAUGCGUUGACUUUCGGAUCGGGAACAGGGGUACUCCUGGGCAUAAUCUUCAUGGAAGUGUUCAGGAGAUUGGGUGUGAAGAUGGAGGGAACUGCCGUGAACGGAACCUUUCUCGUCUGGCCUCAUCUCGAUGAUUCUGUACAGAUGGUUUUUGAGCCCUGCAAAGGUGGGAAGAGUUGGAUGAUUGAAGAGUUUUCUCAGUGGCGAUCAUCAUCAUCGUCGCAGCACAAAUCAGAUUCUUCCAUUGGUCGUUUGUUGGACAUUUCAGUUGUCCAAACGUUAGAGCCUAAAUCCAACAGAGAUAUCCUCAUCUUCAUUCUGAAGAGCUUGAAAAGUGCGUACUGGAAGAAGGCAGCGAAGCCAAGGCCAGGACUAACCCCUGAUUCAGCACUACGACUAGACAUGACGAGUUCGAGCUACACAACCAGCAAUGCAGAGCUUCCAGUGGGUGCAAUGCUUCGACCUGAAGACCUUCAAUUGGCAGUAAUGGCGUCGGAACGCUUGGUUCUAUUGGAGCCUCGGAAUUGGGCAAUACGGAAAGAGCAUGGGAUGCUUCUAUACCAUCGUCGGCGAUACGAUGAGGCUGUACGUGAACUAAGUAUAUGCAUAGCGCUAGCCCCACUGCGUGAGGAGGAGAGUUUACAGCCAUUUGUGGAACGACUACACCUGAUGAGGACGGAAUCUACUUGGGAUAUUUUUAGUUCUUCCAAUUCCCCUUCCGCAUUUGUGUAGUUGGAUAUUGAUAUGCAGCAUGCCUUUUCUAGCCACUUCGUAGUCCUAAAUCUAGCAUCCCAGAUAAUGUGAUUUCCCCACGACUUGUUCAUUGACAAGUGAGGAAAGUGCAAACUUCAAAUUUUGUAGGUAUUUUUUUUCGAGUUGAGCUGCAUUAGGUCAAUCAUUUGUGCAGGGGCAUUUUCUGUCCAGCAUCUUGUGUUACAGUGCUGAUGUGUAGAUACUGUAAACGACACUCAUGUGCAUAAAUUUGCAGGAAGCAGAUUUUGCCACUUAAAUCAACUGAUCAAAAGCUUUUUCGCAGCA